AUGUUUGCGGUUACCAAUAAAAAAGGCAGAGUGUUUUUUCUGCAUGGUUAUGGCAGCCCCGAUAAAAUUUAUACGUGGAGAACACUUGCAACCUCAUUGAGAGCGGAACAUAAAAUUGUUUUAAUUGUGGCAUCAAGUGGAAUUGCAUCUCUGUUAUUACCUGGCGGUAGGACCGCUCAUUCUAAGUUUAAAAUUCAUGUGCCAACCUUGGAAAAUUCAACUUGCAAAGUUGACUUCAGUGAUGACCACACCGAACUACUUCGCCAAACCAAGUUGAUUAUUUGGGAUGAGGCACCAAUGGCUAGCAAAUUCUGUUUUGAAGCACUUGAUAAAACAUUGAGGGAUAUCAUGAGUAAUUAUAGUAAUUCCGAUCAAGUUUUCAGAGUACAAGUUGUGGUUUUUGGUGGAGAUUUUUGA